AUGCAACCCGCCGCUGAGGACGCCAAGGCGAGCCUCUCGCCCAGCAACAACGUCGACGACGACGGCGCCGCCGCCGCCGCCACACUGCCAAUAAGCCCGAAGGCCGAUGCCACUGCAGUGGUUGCGGUUUCGUUGGAGGUUCCUGCGGCCGUCGCAACGGAUGUGUCGGCCGCCUUCACCCCCGUGAAUGACAGCGACAGCAAGACCAAAGGCAGCUCCGCGCGGGACCGUGUGCGGGCCGACGAGGACGCCGCGCGGACGCCGACGAUCCGCCAGAAGAAAAAUAACGCCGUCCCCGCUGGCGAGUCAAACUUGACGCCCCGCAAGCCAAAAACCCGCUGCCCUGUGCCGUACUCUACGGGCCGGCGCCGCACGAACCUGCUGGUAGGCGCGAGCAACUACUGGCACACACAGGAGGAGGUCCGCACCAUCGGCGUCGGCACAGUCGGCCUCUACCAAGACAUGCCGCAUGACACCAACGUGCCAGAUGGAGCUCGGGCGUGUAUCAACGGCAACGUCAUAGUCGGCUCCAGCGCGCACAUCCGCAAGUUGAAGGAAUACUUGGAGUGGCGCGAUCGGCACAACGCCCUCUUCGCCACCAUGCGCGAGCAGGACGAGAAGGAGCGACAAGAGAAGCGCCGGCGACGCCUCCUCGCACGGGCGAGGCGGCGGGAAGAAGAGGAUGGAGAGUACACAGCAGCGGUGGCACGGCUUCGCCGCCGCGGCUGGUCGGUGCUCGGCGACACGCCACGUCAGACCGACAGCUCGCGCCACCGUGAGAUUAAGGCUCAACGUGACGCGUUCCGCGCUGAGUGCGAGGAGUCGACGCUGCGGCGGAUCCAAGCGGCCUCCAAGCUGCGCGAAGACAUUGGGCAACAACUUGCCACAUACAAAGAAGAACAGCAGCGUCAGCAGGAACUCGUGCGUGAUGCCUCGCGGACGGAGCGUGAGCACAUGCAGGCGAAGCGGCAGCAGAAUGUGACGCUUCUCAAGGAGAAGGCGGAGACGUUGCGAGCGGAGCGCGACGCCGAGCGAGAGUUCCAGCGCGAAUGCGCUGCCGCGGAGGAAAAGUACCGCCGGCACCACCUCGCCACGCUUCGUGAGCGGGUGAAUGCGAAACUGCAGACACCCGGUCUGGGCUCAACGUGGUCGAGCACCCUUAGCGGCACGGGCGGGGCGCAGUACCCGCCGGGGGACUGGCGCAACACAUUCAGGUCGCCGCUGCACACGCUUCCCAACGCCAGCGAUGACGCGUACCGCAAGCAGUGGAUGGCGCAACUACAGGAGGAGCGCAUCGCGGUGGCACGUGCCGAUGUGGAGCUGAUUCGGCGCACACCGACGCCGUCGGCCCGCGAUACGGCGUGCCGCAACAACUGCGAGCGCGCGGAGGCCCUUCGCGGCGAACGUGAGG